AUGGCAGAAAGUCAUUCGCAAAUCAUCCCCCCACUUGAUGAUGAUCCUUUUGUCCUAGAUCUUGAUCCCAUUCUUAUCAGUGAUGAACUCAAACCCACGACGCCCGGCCAGAGGACUUAUUCCGGCUGGGAAAUGGCGAGCCUUUGGGUGGGACUAGUGGUGGGCGUGCCGUCAUUUUAUCUAGCCGGUAGUCUUGUUGAAUUAGGCAUGUCAUGGUGGCAAGGCGUUGCCACCGUCGUCGCCGCCAACAUCAUCACAGUAAUUACCUUAAUUCUCGCCGGCCACCCCGGCACGCGCUACGGCAUACCUUUUCCGGUGGUGGCGCGUGCGGCCUUCGGGGUUCGCGGCGCCCACAUUCCGACCCUGCUUAGAGCAUUGGUUGCCUGUGGAUGGUACGGGAUUGAAACGUGGAUUGGCGGCCAGGCAAUCUUCAUUCUCCUGCCCAAAACCAUCAAAGGUUCAUCUUUUUCCCAGCCUGUUUCUUGGCUUGGCACGUCUGUGAUUGAAUUCACUUCUUUUAUUGUGUUUUGGGUAGUCCAAUUGGCAAGUGUGUUUUUUGGGAUUAAUGGGAUUAGAAAACUGGAGAACUACUCAGCACCAAUCCUUGUAGCACUUGUGGUUUGGCUUUUCAUUUGGUCAUAUGUGAAAGCUGGUGGUUUUGGCCCUAUGCUGUCUUUAUCCUCUACCCUCUCAUCUUCACAGUUUUGGUCACUUUUCUUCCCUUCCCUAACUGCCAACAUAGGUUCUUGGGCAACUUUAGCACUAAACAUCCCAGAUUUCACAAGGUACGCCAAGUCCCAAACUGAUCAGGCUAUUGGACAGGCUGGGCUUCCAAUUUUCAUGGGACUAAUGUCAUUUGUAGGCCUAGCUGUGACAUCCUCAACUGAACAGAUAUUUGGGCAUGUGAUCUCCAAUCCCAUUGAGCUUCUCGCGGAGAUUGAUGGCGGAUUCUUGACUGUGAUCAUUGCCAUUCUUGGGAUCAGUCUUGCCACAAUCACAACCAAUGUAGCUGCCAACAUUGUCGCCCCCGCGAACGCUUUAAUUAACCUCUGCCCUUCGAGAUUCACCUUCAGGAGAGGUGCAGUGGUGACAGCAUUGCUUGGAAUUGGGUUCCAGCCAUGGAGGCUGAUGCAGUCAAGCGAGAGCUAUCUGGAUACAUGGCUGGUUGGGUACUCUGUGUUCGUGGGGCCCGUCGGGGGGAUAAUCUUGGCGGAUUAUUAUCUGGUCAAGGGCAUGGAUUUGAGGAUCAAGGAUUUAUUCACUUUGAGUCCUUAUGGUGCUUACUACUACUGUGGUGGAUACAACUUGGUGGCUAUCAUGACAUUGGUGAUUGGGGUUUUGCCUGGCAUCCCUGGUUUCUUGCAGAGUGUUGGGAUCUUGAAGUCUAUUCCCAGUUUCUUUACAGCAAUUUAUGACAUUGCUUGGUUCUUUGGCCUCUGUUCUGCUGGAGCUUUUUACUGGUUUCUAUCCUUCUUGGAAGAAAAAUGCAUAAAUCAUCAGCCUUUAGAUCCCCUUUUACCCAAUUCAUCAUAG